AUGGUUGAUCAUAGAGGUCAUGAAAUGCAUAAGUCAAAUCAGAGUAACAUUAGUACAAGUGUCACAAGUCAAGUUAAUGAUAUAUCAGUUUCAAAUACAGCCAGUAUAGGUAACAAUAAUAUAUUGACUGAUAGGUUUCAGGAUGAUAAUCUCGAUGAGGAUGAAACAGACGAAGCAGAGGAAACAACCAAGGUAGAAAAUGUGAAUAAUGAGGAAAAUCGAAUUACUCAUAAUUAUGAUAAUCAAACAACUGAUAUAGUAAAAAUGAAAAGUAAUCUUUCAAAUUAUACAGAUCAAAAUGAUCAUAGUAAAUCUCAAAAUUAUGAUGAAUUUGAUUCAAAAAGUGGAAUAAUCUAUCAAAAAUUAGAUUCUUUCAAAAAACCAUACACGCACACAAUCACAACAACAACUACUAACAUUACUACUAAUACUAUUACUACUGUAACCACUACUAAUUCAACUAUACCAUUAACUGUUAAAUUAAAUAUUCAUAAAGAGAAUGAAAAUAAUUUAGAAAUGUCCAAAGAUGAAACAAUGCGUAAUUUAGCUAGACGUACACUAGCCAUUGGUAUACCUGGAUUACAUCCAUCCAAUCAUAAAACAUUAUUUAUAUUCUCUGAAGAGAAUGCAAUUAGAAAAUAUUCAAAAAUUAUCAUUGAAUGGGGAUAUCCUUUUUUCUUUGCUAAUUUUUCAUGA